UAAAGAGGAGAUGGAAAGGAUUUUUUUGAAAAGAGCAGAAGGUCUCGUCUAAUAUGGCUUCAGAGAUCACUUAUGCUGAAGUGAAGUUCGAAAAUGCAUCCAAGUCUUUAGGCACCAAAUCAGAGCCUCCUACGGUAAUAGUAUGCCAUCCAAGAAAAGAGAGAAGAGGAAGAAAAGGAGAAAGACUCCCAAAGAGAAGACCAGCCCUCACAAAAGUAACCCUGGCUUUCCCAAGGUACUCUUCUCCUCAUUGCUGAUGCUUCUGCUGUUAUUGGCAAUCUCAUUUUUUGUUGCUUUCAUCAUUUUUUUCCAAAAAUAUGCUCAGCUUCUUAAAGAAAAAAAGACUGCAAAAGAAUUUAUCCACACAGAAUUGGAGUGUAUGAAAGAAAAUUUAACCAUGGAAGAGAAAUACUGGAGCUGCUGUCCAAAGAAAUGGAAGUCAUUUAGGUCGAAUUGCUACUUUAUUUCUACUGGAAACAAAAAUUGGACGGAGAGUGAAAAGAACUGCUUAAGAAUGAAGGCUCACCUGCUGGUGAUCAACACCAAGGAAGAGCAGAAUUUUAUCACUCAGAACCUGGAUAGAAAGUUUGCUUAUUAUGUGGGGCUGUCAGACCCAGAGGGGAAAAGAGCCUGGCAAUGGGUUGAUGGGACACCAUACAAUGAAAGCGCCACAUUCUGGCAUCCAGGUGAACCCAGUGAUUUCAAGGAACGUUGUGUUAUACUGAAUGCACCUCAGCAACACUCAUGGGCUUGGAAUGAUGUCCCUUGUUAUGGCCGUCACUCGUCAAUUUGCAAGAUGAUGAAAAUCCACUUAUGAAUGGGACACUCUCCAUGAACAUGUGAUUGAAUUGACAUCCCCCAUUGAAGAGAUAGUUAAUUUGCUUUUUAAAAUUCAGGUGAUUCUAAGUGAUUCCAGAGAAUUUUCCAGUAGGCUGUCACCUAUUCAACUUAUGUACACUAAAACCAGUGUACAUAUUCUUUCAUUUAUUCCUUCAUACAGUGAACACCUGUUGAGCAUUUUCCAUGGGCAGACAGUGUACUGGAGAGCCUAUCUGCAGAUAAACAGAGAGAGCAUGAGCCUUCUCUCCUGAUUUUUGUCUAGAUUUUGCUAAGGGGUUAGAUGCUGAUAUAGUAAUAUGAUGUGGUUCUUCCAUCUAUCUGGAAUUAUCUCUUUAUAGGUUGGUCAAAGGCAAAUAAUACCAACCAUUGCAUUCCAGUUCCCUCAGAGAGAUUCAUUAUUUUCACUCAAAACAUAUUAUUUAUCAGUUGGAAUAUAUGUACAUCAAUGGAAAAUAAGUUCCAGCUUUGGCCCAGUUAACAUUCUCUGUUUGGUCUUGAACUGUCAUUCAAUAUCAGAGUACAGGCAUAGGAUUAUCAGCGAUUGAGCAUUGGAUAUUUAGAAUUAGAGAAUUAAAAGUUAUUACUGAUGUAAAAAGAAUAUAAAUGGUGCCACUUUAAAAUGGAGUCAGAGCUGCCAUCCCAAAGCCUUGGAAUGUUAAAACUUGGCAAAAUAACCUUUGGAGUGGACCUAAAGCAGCAUUAUAUCCCAAACCCUUGGCAAAGAUAGCAACAACAACAACAACAAAAAAGCUAUUAUAACUUCCUGACUGAAAAUGAGAUACCUUCUUUAGAAUUAGUAUUAUUAUGUAGUCUGUCUGCACCUCUAGAAAUCCCUUCUGUCUAUUUAUAUAAUGGUUCACCUUACCUUUCUCAAAUACCCCUUACCAUCAACUCCUAGUUGGAACACUAAGUUUCUGCCUGAAUCAGUGCUUCCAGAAUAGCUUUUGGAUCUUAAAAAAAUGUUUGUUGAUUCUCACUUUGGUCUUUUAUUUUUAGGUUAACACUGGUAGUUGACAUAGAUUUAAUUUCAUCAGAUAUUCUGAUACAUUUUUUCUUUAAGCAUUUUAAUUUCUAUGUGUGGACUGCUACUCAAAAUGGCCCCUGGCAUAUUUAUACCCCCCUUUUACUACAGUUCAUAUACAUUAUUUCCUUUCUAUAAUAUAAAAUAUAUGAUAUUUAUAAUAAAGUCUGUAUUCAUUGCUUUAGUAUAGUCAUUGUAAUAGAUUGUGGUAAAGCUGAUUUUCACCUUGGCUAUCCCACUGUGACCUAAAAUUAUACCUUGAUUUUCUUGAUUUAACUGAGUAAUUAUAUUUACCAUCAUUUCUUGACUAUAUGUAACGUUGAGUUAUCUUUAUACUGGCAUGAUUUUAUACAUUAUAUGCAGAAUAUACCAGUUUACUUCCACAUCACAAUUCUGGGAAAAUUUGGGGGAAACUUUAUUUACAAUGAGCUUUCCUCAUUAUUAUUUCAAUAACAUGGGGACAGAAUGUAGGGAGGGCAGAAAGAACCACUUUACCUAAACCUUUGAUUAUCAGCAUAGAAGGUGUGCUUGAACAGGAGUGAAAUGGAGGAUGAUAAUAUUGUUUAGUGCUGGAACUUUUCUCCUUCCUCUACUUUACAUUGCAUGAAUGUGGUUCAGAGCCUAUUUCUUUAAUUUUUCCUAGACACUAUUAAAUCAACAUUGUGUAUAGUAGCUUCUAUGUAAAAUUUGUGUUAAAGAGGGAGUUUAAAUGAAGAAGCAUCUAGUUGAGUCCUAGAAAAUGGGUAGAAUUGUGAAAAAUAACACAAUUAUUUAUAGCCACUAAGUUGUGGGGUAAUUUUGUUAUUCAGCAAUAUAUAACUGAGACAACUUUAAAUUAUAUUACAGUUUUGAACCAAGAUUCUGCAAAAUAUUGAAACAUACUCAAUCACACUGCUGCCUCUAAAAAGAUUAGUAACAAUUUAAUGAGAGUAGAUUAAUUGUACUAGUGAUAAAUAAAAUGUAAUAUUAAAAUG